CAACCCCUGUGUCUUUGUUUGCGACUGCUGUAACCUCUUGUGUCACCUGUCUGGUGUCCCUGCAGGUUGUGGUCCACACUAAGAAAGGAGAGCGUCUGUACCGCAUCUCACCUUGGGCCAAGUACGCCACCCAGGCCGAGAAACAAGUCAUCUAUGACUGGGUCCACUGGGACCCUCCUCAACCGUACCUACACAUCCACCCUCGCCCUAAGAAGCCCCAGAGUUUACGGAUCUACGAAUCCCACGUGGGCAUCGCCUCACCUGACCCUAAAGUCGCCUCCUACACCAACUUCACAAUCAAUGUCCUGCCUCGAAUAAAAGACUUGGGGUACAACUGUAUUCAGCUCAUGGCUGUCAUGGAGCAUGCAUACUAUGCCAGCUUUGGUUAUCAAGUCACAAGCUUCUUUGCUGCAUCCAGUCGUUACGGGACACCAGAGGAGUUGAAGCAGCUGAUUGACACCGCCCACUCCCUGGACAUCGUCGUCCUAUUGGACUGGUCCAUAGCCACGCCUCCCAGAACACGGAGGAUGGGCUGAACCGUUUUGAUGGCUCCGACUCCUGCUUCUUCCACUCCGCUCCGCGUGGGGAGCAUGCUCUCUGGGGCAGCCGCCUCUUCAACUACUCCAGGUAGGCAAAUAUCCAGCUGUCAA